ACACUCUUCGUCAGUCGGCAAUUGGAUUUGGUUUGGGAUAGCAGCCAAACUCGGGAUCGAUAGCAAUAAAGUCUUUCACGGCAUUCAUUCCCUUUCGAGAGUGUAUUUCUUGUGAGUGUAUGCGGCAGUAAAUUAUUAAAUAUAAAACAUUUCUUUCUCCUCUUAUCGUACAGCUAGUGUGAAUUGCCGAUAUUGUGAAAUACAACCGCUGAAAAUUUGCCAUCUCACGCAUCCCGCGAUACAGUGUAGUGAUUUUUUUUAAGACUCCACUGUGUAACCUUGAGUUGGUAUGCUUUUUUCUGUAUCUGUUUCUAUCAUAAAUCUAUAGAGCGGCUCGAAAAAGAGAGGAAACACUAUAUGAUUAGGUGAUUCUGCUACACGUUUAUGAAUUAACAUAUGUGUAUGUAGUUGAGCUAAAAUUUAAUGCACUGUGUAUUCUGGUAAUGUAUAAAGUCACUGUUUGUUAAUCAUUUUUAUCAGCCAGUAAUAGAUACAGCGCGUCAACGCGGAGUGCUCAAGAUUAUCAUAGUGCAAGAAAUGAAUGUCACCAGUGUAAACAUAUAAAAAUCCAAACGUUACAUAAACGAAUUUGUUUGUGUGUUCCAAAUAGGACAAAUGUACGAAGCUUUCCGAUCAUAAAAAGCUCAUAAAGUUCGACAAGUGUGUUAAAGCGUUUUUUAAAUAGAUAUACAUAUAGUUAAGGGCCAACCUAUUGAGUAUAAAGUGUAAAAAAUCGGUUGUGAUCUUAUGUGCUUCGAAGCCCACUCGAAAUGGAAGCUGCUCACAGAACUCUACUCCCAAAUCCAAGAGAGAAAGCCAAUAUAGUGUCAGUUCUUACCUUCUGGUGGACUAUUAAACUCUUCAAGAAGGGCUACCAAAAAGUUCUUGAACUAGAAGAUUUAUUCCGACCUCUCACCGAAGACAAUUCUGAGGUUCUCGGUGAUCGUUUGGAAAGAAAAUGGAACGAACAAGUGAAAAAAUCAAAUGGCAAUCCAUCUCUCAUAAAAGCUGUGGCAUUGACUUUCUGGAGAGAGUACAGUUUAAUGGCACUUCUCGUAAUUGUGAAUGAAACUGCAGUACGACUUGGACAACCGAUUCUACUGGGGCGUUUACUCAUGUACUUCAGGCCCGAUAACGAUAUGUCGCACAAGGAAGCUCUUCUGUGUGCUGGAGGUAUCGUAGGACUAAGUCUGUUCUACACAAUUACCGUGAAUCAGUACAUAUUUGACGCCUUUUACUAUGGAAUGAGAGUGAGAGUUGCCAUGUGUAGUAUUAUUUACCGCAAAGCAUUAAAGCUCUCCCGGACCGCGCUGGGAGAUACAGCACCAGGGAAGGUGGUGAAUCUGCUAUCCAACGACGUGAAUCGCUUCGAUCUGGUAUCCGUUUUUAUUCACAUGAUGUGGGCUUCUCCACUUAUGGCCAUCGUCGUAGGAUAUUUGCUAUGGAUUGAAGUCGGCUGGGCGGGAAUCGUAGGAAUAAUUGUGGUCUUCACUGUCGUGCCUUUACAAUCCUACACCGGAAAGCUGUCAUCAAAGUUCCGUCUUCAGGCUGCUCUUAAAACUGAUGAGAGAGUGCGUUUCAUGGAUGAAAUUAUCUCAGGUGUUCAGGUUAUCAAGAUGUAUGCAUGGGAGAAACCCUUUGCUAAGCUAAUCUCCGCCACACGAAAACUGGAAUUAAAGAUCAUCCGAAAUAGUGCCUUCGUGAGAGCUAUUUAUAUGACUUUUUUGCUCUUCACAACACGCAUGGCACUCUUCUGCACCAUGUUAACAAUGGUCCUAAUGGACAACGACAUUACGGCUGCCCGAGUGUUCGUCAUCUCGGCAUACUUCAAUAUUUUAGCCUAUACAAUGUCACAAAUGUUUGUGCGUGGUGUAGCGGAAAUCGCUGAAGUACUUGUGGCACUGAGACGCUUGCGAAUGUUUCUCAUGUACGAGGAGCGCGAUGACUAUACUUGCCGAUCGAGAAUUGUAAAAGACUCGAAGAAUGGCGCACCCCUUGAUUUUGCUAAGACUCUCAACAGCUACGACGAUCCAUCCAGGGAAUAUCUGGUUUCUGUGAAAAAUGCCACGGCCAAAUGGAAAAUGCCAGAAAAGCCUGGCAAACAGAAGAAAAAAUCACAUAAGGAGGAAAAACCUGUUCCAGAGAAAUCCAUUGACGGUAGCGUGGAUUGGCAAGCUCCAACCCUUGAUAACAUUUGUCUGGAGUGUAAGAAGGGGAAUUUAAUUGGGAUUGUAGGUCCAGUCGGAGCUGGAAAGUCCUCGCUAUUACAAGCAAUUCUUAAAGAAUUACCACUGGAAAGUGGAUCGGUUCAAUGCCAUGGAAAAUUGUCUUAUGCCUGCCAAGAGCCUUGGGUAUUUGCCGCCUCUAUCAGGCAAAACAUUCUCUUCGGUGAAGAAAUGGACAAAGAUCGUUACGAGGCUGUGAUUAAGGCAUGUGCACUCAACCAUGAUCUUGAGCAAUUUCCAGCUGGUGAUCAAACUGUUAUUGGGGAACGUGGAGCCUCUCUAUCAGGUGGCCAAAAAGCAAGAGUGAGUCUGGCGAGAGCAGUUUACCGCCGAGCCGACAUUUACCUAUUUGAUGAUCCCCUGAGUGCUGUGGAUGCUCAUGUAGGUCGCCACUUAUUUGACCAGGUGAUCGGACCGCGAGGCCGCCUAGGAUCGAGAAAGAUCACCCGCAUUCUAGUCACCCAUCAGGUGCACUUUCUCAAGGAUGCCGACUGGCUGGUCGUUCUGAAAGAUGGCCAGAUCGAGGUACAAGGACCACCGUUAGAAGUCUUUCGAAGCGGAAUUGAUUUUGCCAAACUCCUAAAUGCCGAGGAUGGUCUCGAAGAAGAACAAUCUGAGGGAGGACCAAAGUUCAGAAGACAGCAAUCAGUGUCAUCCUCAAGAUCAAUGUCAUCCAGGAACUCCUUGAGUUCCGAUGAUGAAUCCAUGGAAAUGGUGGAAGGAAAUAAGGACGGAGAAAAAGAACCUGCGAUGGUGUCUAUGGAGGCAACUUCCAAGGGUAAGGUUAAGGGAUCAAUCUUCUACAACUACCUUAAAGCUGGUGGAAACUGGUGUAUUUUGUCUGUCAUGCUGAUCCUCUUUAUCAUUACCCAAUUCAUGGCUAGUGCCUUUGAUUACUUCAUCGCCUUCUGGACAUCACAAGAAGAACUUCGAGAUAUGUACAAUCCAACUCUUGAAGCCGACUUUAUGAUAGCUAAUAACUCUAUCAAAGUUGUCGAAUCCGAUGACAUUCCAAACCUCUUGGAUACAGAAAUUUGUAUCUACAUAGCAGGAGGACUAGUAAUGUCACUAUUUGUCUUCGGUCUGAUAAGAUCUCUGGGCUUCUAUACGAUGUGCAUAAAAGCAUCACAAAAGCUUCACGAUGGAAUGUUUAAUGGCAUAAUUUCAACCACAAUGCGAUUCUUCGACACCAACCCAUCUGGCAGAAUUCUAAAUCGCUUCUCAAAGGAUCUCGGAUCAACAGAUGAACAACUGCCAAAGGCGAUUCUGGACGCUACCCAGAUUAAUCUGAGCAUGUUUGGAGCUAUAAUAGUAGCUACAACAGUUAAUCCACUCUUUCUUGUUCCCAUCGCUGGUCUCACUGCGGUUUUCUUAUUCAUAAGGAAAAUCUACUUGAAAACCUCAAAGAACAUUAAGCGUAUGGAUGGCAUCACGAGAUCUCCAGUGUUCACCCAUCUGGGAGCAUCCCUCAUGGGAUUACCUACAAUUCGUGCCUUUGGAGCGCAAGAGGUUCUCGUGAAGGAGUUUGACGCUCUUCAGGAUACGCACACAGCAUCUUGGUACAUGUUCAUCUCAUCAAGUGGAGCCUUCGGCUACGUGAUGGAUCUUCUAUGUGUCAUAUUUAUUUUCUUCGUUACGUUCAGUUUUCUACUUAUAGAAAACGACACAAUGGGCGACCAAGUGGGUUUGGCUAUCACACAGGCAAUGGCCCUCACAGGAUUCCUACAGUGGGGAAUCCGACAGAGUGCCGAAGUAGCUAAUCAACUCAUGUCCGUAGAGAGGGUGAUGGAGUAUCGAGACUUAGUGCCGGAGAAGCAACCUGAAAAGCCCCAAGACUUGCCAAAAGACUGGCCAGAGAAUGGCAAAUUGCAGAUGACGAGUGUCGUUUACAGAUACUUCAAAGAGGCCGAUCCAGUAUUAAAAGGCGUAAAUUUGUUCAUCAGGGCCAAAGAGAAAAUUGGAAUCGUGGGAAGAACCGGGGCUGGGAAGUCCUCGCUUAUAGGAACUCUUUUCCGCCUUGCAGAGGUCGAAGGAGAUAUUGAGAUUGAUGGAGUAAAAACAGACCAAAUUACACUACAGCAGCUGCGUUCCAAAGUCUCAAUAAUUCCACAAGAUCCUGUUCUUUUCUCGGGUACCCUCAGAAGGAAUUUGGAUCCGUUCGAGGAAUACAAAGAUGCCUUAUUAUGGCAAGCCCUUGAGGAAGUGGAGCUAAAAGAUAUUGCAAGUGGCCCUUUGGCAUUGCAAGCUGAAGUUCUCGCUGGUGGAAGUAACUACAGCGUUGGGCAGCGACAGCUAAUUUGCCUGGCCAGAGCUAUUCUGCGCAACAAUAAGAUUCUAGUUCUCGAUGAAGCGACAGCAAACGUGGAUCCCAACACCGAUGCCCUCAUUCAGCAGACAAUCAGAAGCCGCUUCGCCGACUGUACAGUUUUGACGGUGGCUCAUCGCCUUCACACAAUUAUGGACUCCGACCGCGUUCUGGUCAUGAAUGAUGGACUUGUAGGCGAAUUUGAUGCGCCACAUAUUCUACUUCAGAACACCAACGGUCUCUUCCGCGAAAUGGUCAAUGCUACAGGACCUCAAGAAUCUGAACGACUCAUGAGAAUAGCUAGAGACACAUUUGAAUCGAAUUCUAAAUGACUUUGUAAUAUUUCUAGGGAGAUAUAAUAUAAUAAUUGUGCCUUAAAUAUCUAAAGCACCUCAAGUAUUCAUGGGAUUUUAAGGUGUCUGACUUGCCACGACACCAACAACAGGGAAAUUUAGAUUCAAUGCUAUAUUUUCAGAUGAGAGCAUUUUGAUAAAGGGGAAAUAUAUACACGUUUGGAUUUGUUGUACCUCCUUACCUGAAAUAAAUCUCAAGUAAAUCUAUUUCUUAA